AUGGACGCCAAUAAACAAUUUGAUGACUUUCUGUCAAGCAUGGAGAAUUUCAACAUAAAUGUUGCAUCAGAAUAUUUAUCAAAUAUUAGCUAUGACACAAAAUAUGCUGAGGACGUAAUAGAAUUACUUGGAAAGGGAUUAACAAAUGAAUAUUUUAAAAGUAAACCAGAUUACUUCAAAUUUUGUGAAGAACAAUUACUUAAAUUGGCAAAUAAUGAAGAAUAUCAUGAGCUAAUUUUUUCUUUUUUGGAUAUUAUUGAAAUGGAUGAUUCUAAACUAUCAUCAUCCGUUCUAAUUGUAGUAACUGUUUUGGAGAAUACUGAAAAUCCAAAUCGAGCAUCCCUAGAAUAUUUGUUGAUUGGUACUUUUAAUCGUUUAUUUGAAAUGGAUGUCACAAAUUUAAAGGAAAUUUUGCCAACCAUAAUGCAACUUUUAAUAAAAUUAAAAAAACAUUUUCUACUCCAACAAUCAAUUUUAUUUUAUUUUGCUAGAGUUGCUUUCUUAGUGUUGAAUACUAACAUUGAAUCAAUUGAGUAUCUAAACUUAUUGUCUAACAUAAUUUAUGAUCCUUUUUAUUUACUUGAAUAUGAAUUUGAUGAAAAGGAAGAAAAAGAAGAAGUAUUAUAUAUUGCUUCAUUCUUUUAUCUAUACUUUAAAACUGGAAUACAAUGGGGACCUAAGAUUUACAAUCAGUUUUAUGUCUUAGAUAAAUGUUGUAAUUUAGCUAUGGCUGUGUACGAAGACAACAAUUUUGGAAAAGCUUUUGCAAAAUUAAUUUUGACAAAAUUUAAAAAUAAUGAAAUUCCAUUACAUGCGUUGAAUACACUCCAUGAACAUUUUUUAUUAGAAGCUACACACAGUUCCAUGUAUAAUGAAAAUUUGGAUAUUAGGAAGGAAUCAAUUGAGUCAUUGAUGGUAUUCAUCGAUAAAUUAUGCACUGAUGCUCAGUACGUGGUUUUUAAACAUGUAUUUACAAAACCAUUUGACUCUUGUAUCAAAGAACAAUUUAUUGUUAAAAUGAAAAACCUGAUUAUUUUUAAUUUAAAUUCUGAUCGUGAUCUUGGAUGUUUUCAGGGAAUAAGACUUUUAAAUAUUAUUAAAUUAUGUUGUAAUAUUUCCGUUAAACGUGGAUUCUAUCUCCAAAACAAUAAAGAACAUAUUAUGGGCGUUAUAUCACUUCUUUAUUUAUUCACAGUCCACGACAUUGAAAAGUUAAACAUGGGCGAAGAAUUUUCAAACGUAACUAAACAAUUUGUGGACGCCGUUCAAAAUGUCAUUGAUUAUUCACAUGAAGAGCACAAAAUCGAACUAAAAAAUUUAGAUGAUAAUGUUUGUAAAGUAAAAGGUCCAGAAGUAAUAAUAGAAGAUAAUUUAAAUUUAAAUCCAAAAUUGACAAACGAAGAAAAGCGAAAUUUACUAUCACAAAUGAACACUAACAUAUCAUUAGUCCAGGCAAAUUUGGAUAUGUUGAAAAGUUUCAUCAAAAAAUAA